AUGGCUACCUCUCCUCUCUCCGUUCCUCUCAAUGUUUUCAAAAUUCAUCAAACCAUGGCCAGCCCCUUUGUGCCAGAGGUUGUAAAAGCAGUGGAUGCCUUACAUUUAGAGUUCAGGGCUGUUGAUAAUAUGGUUGCGUGCAAUACCACCCGAGUCCUUAGGGCUUUUCAGAAUGCUCGAGUUGGAUCUCAUCACUUUGGUGGUUGUACUGGUUAUGGUCAUGAUGAAGCUGGGGGUCGUGGGGCUCUUGACCAGGCUUUUGCAGAAAUCGUUGGGGCUGAGUCAGCUAUUGUUCGUUCACAGUUCUUUUCAGGUACUCAUGCAAUCACAUGUGCUUUAUUUGCUCUCUUGAGGCCUGGAGACGAGCUUUUGGCUGUUGCGGGAGCUCCAUAUGACACUCUAGAGGAAGUAAUUGGGAAACGGAAGUCUGGUGGACUGGGUUCUCUCCAAGAUUUUGGGGUGAAAUACCGAGAAGUUCCACUUACUGAGGAUGGUGAACUUGAUUGGAAUGCACUGACAAGUGCUGUCAAACCCAAAACAAAGUGUGCACUGAUACAACGGUCAUGUGGUUAUUCAUGGCGUCGGAGUUUGAGUGUCAAUGACAUAGGAAGAGCGAUAAAAAUAAUCAAGAUGCAAAAUCCCAGCUGCUCAGUCAUGGUUGACAACUGCUAUGGUGAAUUUGUUGAAAGCAUUGAACCUCCCAUGGUGGGUGCAGAUUUGAUCGCAGGCAGUUUGAUCAAGAAUCCAGGUGGGACAAUUGCACCGUGUGGUGGAUACAUUGCUGGGAAGCAAAAAUGGGUUGAGGCAGCUGCAGCUCGUCUCUCUGCUCCAGGACUUGGUGUGGAUUGUGGCUCAACUCCUGGUGAUAUCAUGCGAGCCUUUUUCCAGGGAUUAUUUCUUUCACCUCAAAUGGUUGGGGAAGCAAUCAAGGGCACCUUCAUAAUUGCUGAAGUUUUGGCAUCUAAAGGGUAUAAAGUGCAGCCACUCCCCCGUGUCCCCCGUUUUGAUACGGUUCAGGCCGUCCAGCUUGGAAGCCGAGAGCGUCUUCUUGCAUUCUGUGAGGCUGUUCAGAGAAGCUCUCCAGUAGGUUCAUAUACCAAACCAGUUGCAGGCACCACCGCUGGAUAUGCAUCAGAGGUGAUCUUUGCUGAUGGAACCUUCAUUGAUGGCAGUACAAGUGAGCUUUCAUGUGAUGGACCUCUUAGAGAGCCAUUUGCUGUAUUUUGCCAGGGUGGCACCCAUUGGACUCAAUGGGGACUAGUCCUAGGAGAAGUUUUGAAAUCUCUAUGA